AUGAAACUUGCACAUAUGAUGCAUACGCUCUGUUUGGGUGCUGGGUUGGCCACCCUGGCUCUUGUUCCAAAGGCAGCAGCCCAACCAAUGACUGCAGCUGCAAACUUGAUUUCAAUUCCCGACCAAGCAGUCAAUCCUAGCGAGAUUGAUCGUCUUCGUCAGCUGAGAUCUAACGGUGACUUUAAUACAUUUGCCCCCACAAAAAGUCCUUCGGUCAGCCCCUCCACCGUUCCUUCGGAAAGUCCUUCGCAAAGUCCUUCGCAAAGUCCAUCGCAAAGUCCUUCUCAAAGUCCUUCGCAAAGUCCAUCGCAAAGUCCUUCCCAAAGUCCUUCGCAAAGUCCUUCGCAAAGUCCUUCGCAAAGUUCUUCGCAAAGUCCUUCGCAAAGUCCUUCGCAAAGUCCUUCCCAAAGUCCUACGCAAAGUUCUUCGCAAAGUCCUUCGCAAAGUUCUUCGCAAAGCCCCGUAGAUCCUGAGAUGUCCGGUGACCCCCAUCUGAGAUCAUGGACGGGUGAAUGGUUUCCGUACAUGGGAGAGUGUGACCUCAGACUCAUUCAUGCAGACAAGUUUGAUGGUUCCCAGAACCUCACUAUUCAUGUCCGCACUACCAUCAGGCAUCAGUACAGUUUCAUUGAAACAGCUGCUAUCCAGAUCGGUUCAGACACUCUUGAAGUUUCUAGCUGGGGUGACUAUGCUCUGAAUGAUGUUGAAGAUGCCAUGGCGAAUAGUCAAAGUCAAGCCAAGAGUGUUCUCAGGAGAGGCAGUGCUCUCCACACUUUGGGCGGGCAUGCCAUCUUUCACACACAAAUGAGCAAGAAGAAGCAUGUGUUUGAUAUUGUCCUUGGGCCUGCUGAGAAUGUGACGAUCAGCAACAUGAAGGACAUUGUCUCUGUCAAAGUCAACCGAAAGGUAGAUGGCCCCUUUUCCAAUGUUGUUGGAUUGCUGGGUCACUUUGAUGGAAGGAUGUUGGCACGUGAUGGUGUGACGGACUUGCAUGACGACAUGAAUGCCAUGGGCCAAGAGUGGCAAGUGCGAGACAACGAGCCCAUGUUGUUCCGAGCCAGUCGAGAACCGCAGUAUCCCCACAAGUGCCGACUACCCAAUGUGGAGGAGAAGGAAUCACGUCGGCUCAACGAAGGAAUUACCGAAGAUGCUGCCAAAGCUGCCUGUGCUCAUCUGCUUGACAAGGAUGACGGUGCCCAAGUAUUUGCCAACUGUGUUUAUGAUGUGACUGCCACCAAUGAUCUUGAUCAGGCGUUGAGUUAGUUAGGUGGCCGACCAGCACAGCCAAUGAGUGAGAGCAUGAUGUGAAGAUUUCAAGAGGCAAGCAGCCAGCAUUUGUUUCCACCUGCACGGACGCACAGACAGAGAAGUGAAUGGGAGUGGUGGUUGUUUUUAAAAAUGUCAUUGAAACUGUAUGCAUAAUAACUGUUUAGGUUUGGAACGUCAACAUAUGCUGGAACUUGUCACAGGCUCGACUGUACCGGGCAGGCCGCAACUGUCCAGUUGUUUUCCUCAUUGUUGCACUAGACGAUCGUUCCACCGCACCUCUUUGGCAAGGUGUACACUUUGUUGGGUCGCCCAGAGAAACCGUCUAGCUAGUACCAGGUACAGCAACCUGGCUCGAGGCUACCGGUAUCGUGAUAGCUAUCUGGCCGUUGGUUGUGGUGCCGCUCGUACUUUUGCCAUCGCCGUUCAUGCAACAGUCGGAAACAGUUUCUCUUCAGCAGAUAGUGAAGAGUUCUUUUGACGUUCUGAAUGUGAUACCGUUAAAUAAAUUUGGCAAAGCCACACGCCUGCUCUAAACACUUGACUUCACUGAGACAAUCAAUGCAGAUGGUGCGCUCAAGCACGAAUGAUUACGUGUGCUUGGUAGAGUAAUGGUAUGGGAGCAAGAGAAGAUCCAAAAGGCA